AUGUUCAAAGGUCGGUUGGCUGACACUUUCAGCUUCGCAAACCCGAAUAAGAAGUUUACGACUCGACCGCUUCUCUAUCAUCAAAAGGCAACCGAUACACUGCCUGAGAGAGUUGCCUUGCAGUACGCUCGUCGAUACUUCGUUGGAUUUGGUGCAAUACCAAGAAGCCACGACAUUCCACCUAUCUCAGAAGCUCAAGCCGAAGCCCUCGAUGCACUUCACUUCUUAGGAGAUAAACUUAGCGUUUCGACAAACUUUGCAAAAGGCGAUAUGCAAUUCAUCAACAAUCUCGCUGUAUUUCACGCUAGAGAUGCAUUCACUGACUCGCCAACGCAGCAGCGCCAUCUUCUUCGUCUCUGGUUAAGAGACCCUGAAAAUGCUUGGGAGACUCCGGAGCCGCUGCGUGAGAGGUGGGCAGAACUGUAUGAGGGUGUGACUCCAGAUGCUCAGGUGUUUCCGCUGGAGCCGUAUAUUCGUAGUGCUAGCAACAAGGCCAGAUAG